AUGCGUCUCAUAACCGUUCUCGUCUUUUCCAUUGGUUUCGCUGUGGCUAUACCAGUCGGUAUGAAUCCGGCGCCAAAGGAUGUAGCCAAGCGUGAAUGGACGGAUGGAUACGUUAGCGGUGGCGGUGGAUACGGUGGUGGCAGCGGUGGUGGUGGAUACGGCGGUGGUAGCGGUGGUGGUGGAUAUGGUGGUGCCAUUGAUUCUAAUGUGGCGAAGGAUGCAGUCAAACGCGAGUGGACGGAUGGAUACGUUAGCGGUGGCGGUGGAUACGGUGGUGGCAGCGGUGGUGGAGGAUACGGUGGUGGUAGCGGUGGUGGAGGAUAUGGUGGUGCUAUUGAGUAUGAUGGAUCUGAAUAG